AUAAAUAAUUUCACUAUUUAUUUAGAUGAUUUCGUGAUAUACAAUUUAUAUCACUCGAAACACUUGGAUAACAUUGUUGUUUAAAUAUCAACAUGAAUUUGUUUGCUUUAAUUAAUUUUUGUGUUAUUUUAAGUAAUAAUUAAUUUAAUAUUCGUCAUUUGAAUUCAUUUUGUGUGUGAAAUUUCACGUAAUAACAAUGCCAUUUGUAAGGCCUGACACAGUACCCUUUCCAUCUAUAUGGCAUCGAUUUGAGCGUGUAAAAGAUGGUCGAACACGAAAAUUUUUCGUACAAGAUGCAACAGAAGACAUGUUUCCAUUUCUUUUGGAUCAUAUGGUUGAAGCAUUCUGUCGAAAUGAACCUAUGUGUAAAAGUUUGGAUAUCAAUAGUGAACCUGAAUCUAUAGAGGGAAUGGAAAUAUUAUGGCGUCACAUUUUAGAAGGUAAAAUGGUGAUUGUUUGUUUUGAAGAAGAUCCUGAGAUUCCAGGAAAACCUCUACGAUUUGUUGGAUGCAAUAUGACGUACAUAGCGGAGAAAGAUGAUCCAACUAUGGACGAGUUGAUAAUUGGCGAAAAAUGGAAAACCAUAUACGAUGCCGUAGAUUUUUGCGGGCGAGAGGGUAGUAAAAUUUUAAAACCAGACAGAUAUAUGGGUGCUAUGGGUUUAUCAGUUCUCCAACGAUUUCAAGGCAUGUCAAUUGGAAAAGAAAUAUUGGAUGCUCGGAUACCACUUUGUAAAGCUUUCAAUAUACCAUGGACUGUUACAUGUUUUACAAAUAUAGCAUCACAAAAAUUAGCUUUAAAAUGUAAAUUUCAGAAUUUAUUUGAAAUAUCAUAUGAUGACUUAGAAAAAGUUGAUCCUAGAUUUAAGUUUGAUAUAAAGUCAACUAAAACAAUUCGGCAGAUGUAUCGACAAGUUGAAUAAUAUAUUAAAUAAAAUUAUUUUUAGUUUAACAAA